AUGUACCAGGCCACUAUGAGUAGCCGCAGAAGUACAUACCGACUGACUUGCAAGCCCUCACUGGUCCCCGCUGCAAUGGCGGCUUCACCCGCUGUAUGGGAAGCGACCGGCCCCCAGAGUAGUGUAGGGCUGAAGGGAUCUUUACCAAGAGUGCCAUACAUGCUUCCAGCUGGGUUGCGACAUGGGCUACCAAACUAUGGCUGGUGUCUGGGCAUGUUUCUCCUCUUCGCGGUUGAUUGA